GAGACAGACUAAAAGAGACAGGCAGAAAGAGACAGGCAGAGGGAGACAGGCAGAAAGAGACAGGCAGAAAGAGACAGGCAGAGGGAGACAGGCAGAAAGAGACAGAGACCGGCUCUGAGACAGUCGGAGGGACGACGUGUGGACCGGGACUGAGGAGGACGCUGUCCGGAUCAGAGGAGGAUGUUUGAGGACCCGAUUGAAGCCUUCUGCGGUCUGGAGCCUCAGGUGUCUUUAGGGGGCGGGGCGUGCCUGACGGAGGAGGCGGAGUCCAACCUGAGUGUGGGACAGUUUGUCCUCUGUCAUUGGUCAGAUGGACUCUACUACCUGGGCAAGAUCCAGAGGGUGAGCCCUCCCAGGCAGAGCUGCUUCGUCACAUUCGAGGACAACUCGAAGUUCUGGGUCCUCUGGAAGGACAUCCAGCACGCUGGCGUCCCGGGGGAGGAGCCUCGCUGUUCUGUGUGCAGAGAGGCGGAGCCGAGCGACGGCAGCCAAUCAAAUCACAGCAAUCAGAUUCUGAUCUGUGGGAAGUGUGGCAUCGGGUUCCACCAGCAGUGCCACGUCCCUCCAGUGGAGGGCAGCAGUGAUCUCAGUCCCUGGUUCUGCAGACGCUGUGUCUUCGCUCUGGCUGUCCGGAGGGGCGGGGCCCUGAGGAAGGGCCCGGUGGCCAGGUGUCUGUCCCUCAUGAAGCAGGUCCUGCCGUACCGCCUGGACUCCCUGGACUGGGACUCUCAGCACCGGACCAAUCAGCAGCAGUGUUACUGCUACUGUGGAGGACCUGGAGAGUGGUUCCUCCGGAUGCUGCAGUGCUUCAGGUGUCUGCAGUGGUUCCAUCAGGCCUGUACCCAGUGUCUGCAGGAGCCCAUGCUGCUGGGAGACAGGUUCUACCUGUUUGCCUGCUCGGUGUGUACUAAAGGUUCGGAGCUGGUCCGCCGUCUGUCCCUGCGCUGGGUGGACCUGGUCCAGCUAGUCCUCUACAACCUGUCCAUCAGCAGCAAGAAGAAAUACUUUGAGCUGGACGAGAUCCUGGACUUUGUCUCGUCCAACUGGGACCGUCUGCAGCUGGGAAAGCUGUCCAACACUCCUCCUGCAGAGAGGGGGCAGCACCUGCUGGACGCACUCAACAAGUACAAGAGCAAGUUUCUGUGUGGGAAGGAGAUCAAGAAGAGGAAGUGCAUCUUCCGUCUGAGGACUCGUGUUCCACCGAACCCGCCGUCCAAACUGUUUCCAGAGCGAAGUCACCAUGACGGGGGGCGGAGCCGGAAGAGCGGCGCGGCCAGCAGCUCAGCUGAGAGGAGGAGGAGGUCCAAGUGGCUUCUGGAGGAUGCUAUUCCCGCGAAUGAGCUGUCCUGCAGUUGGUCCUCCAACCAUCACAUGGCCAACAUCUUCGACUUCACUCUCGACGAGCUGCAGAGCCUGAAGAGCAGCUCCAGUCGCUCCGUCAGUAUUGAUCAGGAUUCCACCGACGCCUCCACCUCAGGCUCUGCCUCCACCUCCUACCACUUCAGAAGCGUGGGCAGCAGGAAGAGGAAGUUGCCUAGCAACAGUUACAGCCACUGGUCCAAUCGCAGCGAGGCGGGGGAGGAGCCACCCGAGGUCCUAGAAGACCAGGAUGGAGCAGACCCCGCCUACCCCCCCGAGGACCCCGCCCCCCUGCUGUCCGACUCCUCCCCGAUGUCCUCAGACUCGUCCCGCCUGCACUCGUCCAUCUCGUCCUACUUCGGCGCGGCGGGCCGGCUGACCAAUGGGGAGCAGUUCGAGGUGCUGGCGCGCCGCGUCACCCCCCAGGGGGCGGUGCAGUACCUGCUGCAGUGGGAGGGGACCACGCCCUACUAGGAAGCCCCGCUGCGUUUCCAUGGCGACGGGCCCUCAAAGCAUUCCUCCAAGAUGGAACCAAAAACCUUUCUGCAAAACAACUGAACACACCUCCACCUGUAACUCACCUCCACCUGUCACACACCUCCACCUGUCACACACCUCCACCUGUAACUCACCUCCACCUGUCACACACCUCCACCUGUCACUCACCUCCACCUGUAACUCACCUCCACCUGUCACACACCUCCACCUGUCACACACCUCCACCUGUAACUCA